AUGACAGCCAUCGCAUCAGUUCAUUCCUCCGACACAACCAUCCCUGCCUCCUCAAUGCCUCUCAUUGCCCCCCACGCCCUCCUUCAUGCACAUCUCAGCCAAUCCCCACCUCGACGCCCAUCCGAUCGAACCCUCACCGAGUUUCGCCCUAUUCAGCUCAAUGUUGGGUCGCUGACUCACUGUAAUGGCUCUUCAGUUGUCAAAAUUGGCGAGACCACCAUUGUGUGUGGAGUCAGGGCGGAGAUUCUUCCUGUAACAGAAAUCCCUAGCUUCAGGGUCAACAAAACAUCACAGACACAAGACCGCACUGCGCCUAGUAGACGGAAAAAUGGCAAUGGAACUGAAGAGGAGGAACAAGAGUUUCUCGGUCAGGAUACCAUCUCUUUGUACAACUUGGUUGUUCCAAACAUUGAACUCGCGACCGGUUGUUCACCCAGACAUGCCGCAAACACACCUCCUUCAGUCGAAGCACAAUCGAUUUCUCAAAGACUCCUUUCUCUCCUACAUACUUCACGACUCAUUCGAACAUCUGAUCUUGAGAUCAUCUACACACCUCCUGUCGAGUCACAAUCACAAGAACUAGGUAUUGACACAGAUCCUCAGCUCAAGGCCUACUGGACGAUAUACAUCGAUAUGAUGUGCAUCAGCUACGGUGGAUCAGUCUUCGAAGCGGCAUGGUUGGCCCUAUACGCGGCCUUGAAGAAUACUGUCCUGCCCAAUGCGCGGUGGGACGCUGAUCUGUCUCAGGUUCUCUGUUCCGCCGAGCCGGCAGAGUCUAGACACCUGGUGCUGAAGUCAAUGCCGGUUCCAACCAGUUUUGCGGUGUUUACGCCAGAGAAAAGAUUACAGAGUAGACUCGGUGGUGACGGUGUCCCACAUUGGAUUCUAGUGGACACAGAUAGUUUUGAGGAAGAAUGCUGCGAUGAGAGUGGAUGUAUUACAAUUGAUGCAGCGGAUGAGAGUACACCGUUGGCAAUCUUGCGCAUCGAGAAACAUGGAGGUGGGAUCGUCGAUAUGCAAGGCAUUGAGGGUUUAUUAGUAGCGGCCCAAGAGCGAUCUCGGCAGUGGAAACAGGUACUUGCUGGUGCCUUGAAGAAUCUUUGAGGAGCUGGUCUUGCGCAGGAGCAUGACUUUGCGAUCUUUCCACGACGGGGCAAGUUGAUGCCUAUCAUCAACAAAACUUUGUCAAAAUGGAGCUGGAACUUUGCGCGACCACGGCUGGUCGGGUAUAUCUCGACAAGUCGGUUGAAUCGACACAUGAAAGUUUGACGACGAAGGGCAAGCUAUGUGACACACACAACUUCUAGGGUCCCAUUUUAGGGGACGUUUCAAGAAGGGUCUCACAUACGCUCUGACCUCUCCAC